UGCAAUAACUAUCACAUAUCAAAGAACAAUUGCGAUGGCUUCAGCAAAAUAUUUCUUGAUUUUCCUUUUGGCUGCAUUAAUCGCAACCCCCAUUGCAGUAGCCCAACUUGUUUCAAUACGUAUAGGUGGGGUUGUAUUUUGCAGCGUUAGCGGCAAUUUAGAUGUCAUCAACGGACUCCCCACCCAAGUUUUCCCUAAUGCAUCAGUGCAAUUGCAGUGUGGAGCAAGAAAUGUGGUAUCAAGUACAACAACAAAUGGAUCUGGAGUGUUUUCCUUGGUGUUGGAUCCUCUUAUAAAUACUUUGCCAUUGCUGCUAUCCAACUGCAGUCUAGUGGUUGCAACUCCAACGAUAAUGUCACGACCCGAAAUCCCAACCUCGUGAUCGUGAUGACGCAUAACAUCCACUUGCUAGGCAAGUCGACAUGAAAUAAGUAAUU